UGAGAUCAUCGAGAUGCAAACCAUCACCGAUAACGACCCACGCGCUCCAUCGACCACAACCACGGGUGCCUCUAAUCCCCUCGAUACCGGGGAAUUUCAUCGAUAAAUCUCAGUUCCUGCCGUUCCUUUAUCGUCUUGAUUCAUAAUACCCCACAGGCCGACGCAACAGGGACUUUGUCCUCCUCUCGAUUGAGCAUUUCCCCGAGGAGCCACACGUCACGAUGGACCACACGCGUGACCCUUGCCCCUGGGUCAUUCUCAAUGACUUCGGCGGUGCGUUCUGCAUGGGUGCUGUCGGCGGAACUAUCUGGCACGGCGUCAAGGGGUUCAGGAACAGCCCAUACGGGGAGAGACGGCUAGGCGCCAUCACAGCCAUCAAGAUGCGUGCGCCGGUACUGGGAGGCAACUUCGGUGUGUGGGGUGGCAUGUUCAGCACAUUUGACUGCGCCGUCAAGGGGCUGAGGAAAAAGGAAGAUGCGUACAACGCGAUUAUUGCCGGGUUCUUCACAGGCGGCGCGCUAGCAAUCCGAGGCGGAUACAAGGCGGCGAGGAACGGUGCCAUUAGUUGUGCGAUCCUGCUCGCCGUCAUCGAGGGUGUCGGCAUCGGGUUCCAGAAGAUGUUCGCGGGGGCCACAAAAUUGGAGGUCCCUCAACCACCCCCAUCAAACGAAAAGGUUCUCGCAUAAGACGACCAGCAGCCUGUUGUAUGACAAUUUCACGCCACACCCAACUCUUUUCCUCCAGGCCCACGACAGCGGCCGGACGUGUAUUUCUGUAUGCAUUUAUGACGGUCAGCAUCUUGGUGGCGGCGUUCCAUGUAACAUAGAACCGGUUGGUUACGCC